GGGGGGGGUCCCUGAUAUCGAUCAGAGAAUGGAUUCAAUCAGGAGCAUUCUGUCUCGGGACAUUUGAGACCCUGCUCUUACAGGAAUCAAUCUGGGGCCGAUGCGUGCAGCCCGACUUUCGGCCACUUUUAUCCGGCUGCAGAAGAUACACAUCAAUUAGCUUUAAACUACUGUUAUUUAUAGCGAGGAGGGGGAGAGGUGGGGUGUGGGCUCGGCGCGACCAUACACCUCCCUCAGCAUCGCUGGGCGACCGGUCAAAACCUCACGCGUCCUUCCGAUCGUUUUUCUUACUCCGGAUGAUGCUGCACUCCGUGCCGCCCUGAAGGAGACGCAAGACCCGAAGCCGAAGAAGAAGGGACAGGAGCAGGAGAGGAUCCCGGGAAAUUACUUUAUUCUCAGCCCGCACGUAGGUACAGCGACUGGAGCCGCUGGCCGCGCGGGAGCAGCCUGCAGGGCCCGGCGUUAGAAUCACGACCGGUCCUCCGCGCCUCCGCCCGGCCGCCUGGGAUGUGCGUGACGGCGCCACGCACAGGAGCAGAACGCCACCCGCCUCACAUCGGGAGAGUAGCAUUUCAGGAUGAGCAGCAAGGAGCUGACGGUGGGCCCGUCCAACCAGUACGUGGGGCCCUACCGGCUGGAGAAGACCCUCGGGAAGGGACAGACGGGGCUGGUGAAGUUGGGCGUCCACUGCAUAACGGGACAGAAGGUGGCCAUCAAGAUUGUCAACAGAGAGAAACUCUCUGAAUCCGUCCUGAUGAAGGUGGAGAGAGAAAUAGCUAUUCUUAAACUAAUAGAGCACCCUCACGUUCUGAAGCUGCAUGACGUCUAUGAGAAUAACAAAUACCUGUAUCUGGUUUUGGAGCAUGUGUCUGGCGGAGAGUUGUUCGACUACCUGGUUAAGAAGGGCAGGCUGACCCCCAAAGAGGCCAGGAAGUUCUUCAGACAAAUUAUCUCCGCCCUCGACUUCUGCCACAGUCACUCCAUAUGUCACAGAGACCUGAAGCCAGAGAAUCUUCUCCUGGAUGAGAAGAAUAACAUCAGGAUAGCAGACUUCGGUAUGGCCUCGCUACAAGUUGGGGAUAGCUUGUUGGAAACCAGUUGUGGGUCCCCACAUUAUGCUUGCCCAGAGGUCAUAAGGGGAGAGAAGUACGACGGUCGCAGAGCCGAUGUUUGGAGCUGUGGAGUCAUCCUCUUUGCUCUUCUAGUCGGUGCGCUGCCCUUUGACCACGACAACCUGCGGCAGCUCCUGGAGAAAGUGAAGAGCGGGGUGUUCCACAUGCCCCACUUCAUUCCUCCGGAGUGUCAGGCUUUGCUUAAAGGAAUGAUAGAAGUCAACCCCGACAAGAGACUUACGCUAGAAGCAAUACAGAAACACUCCUGGUACCAAGGUGGCCGUAACGAGCCGUGCCCGGAGCAGCCGCCGCCUCGACGUGUGUGUGUGAAGAGGAUCGUGUCCUUAACAGACCUGGAUCCUGACGUCCUGGAGAGCAUGUACUCCCUGGGCUGCUUCAGAGACCGGGUCAAACUCACACAGGACCUUACAAGUGAGGAGGAGAACCAGGAGAAGAUGAUCUACUACCUCCUGUUGGACAGGAAGGAGCGAUACCCGAGCUGUGAAGACGAGGAUCUCCCGCCCAGAAACGACCUCGACCCACCCAGGAAGCGCGUGGACUCCCCGAUGCUGACGCGUCAUGGUCGCUGUCGUCCAGAGAGGAAGAGCCUGGAGGUCCUCAGCGCCACAGACCAGGGGUCUCCCACCCCGCCUCGCAGGGCCCUGGAUACUAAUGCACACAGCCAGAGGUCUCGCUCAGUCAGUGGAGCGUCCACAGGUCUGUCCUCCAGUCCUCUCAGCAGUCCCAGGAGCCCGGUCUUCACUUUCAGCCAAUCAGAAGUCGCCUCUGCUUCCUCCUCCAAAGACCCCAAACCGGGAAGCGCCACCACGCCUAGGCCCACCCGCCCGCCACCCGACCCCAAAACACAGACCCUGCCCACGAAGUGCCCCGCUGACCGGCCCCACCUCCACUCCAUGAAGUCCCUCCCACUCGGGACGCCACGCUCCCCUUCCCCAUCCCCCUCGCCACUCCUCUCCCCCAUCCCACGCUUCUUCAACUUCCCCUCUCCAUCCGUCUUCAAGUCCAAGAACAUCCACUCGUCCUCUAACUCCUCUGCCGCCCCUCCCCCUGUGUCGCAGGUCACGCCGCAGGGCUCGCCGCUGCCCACCCCGCUGGGCACGCCCGUGCACCAAAUCCACCACCCUUCCUCCACCACCCCCCCCUCCUCCUCCUCAUCCUCGUCCUCCUCCAGGGCGGACGGGGCCGGCGGGGCCUCGCUGACGCCGCCCUCCAGCCCGGGCGGCAGCGGCGGUCUGGCCGCCUCGAGCUCCGCCCACUGGAGGACGAGGCUCAACUCGUUCAAAAACAACCUCCUGGGCUCGCCGCGCUUCCAUCGGCGCAAACUGCAAGUCCCCACUUCAGAGGACAUGUCCAGUUUGACGCCCGAGUCCAGUCCAGAACUGGCUAAGAAGUCGUGGUUCGGUAACUUCAUCAGCCUGGAGAAAGAGGAGCAGAUCUUCGUUAUGAUUCAAGACAAGCCGCUCAGCUCCAUCAAGGCCGACAUCGUCCACGCCUUUCUCUCUAUCCCGUCCCUCAGCCACAGCGUGGUGUCUCAGAACAGUUUCCGGGCAGAGUACAAGGUGUCCGGCGGACCCUCCGUCUUCCAGAAGCCUGUCAAGUUCCAAGUGGACAUUGCAUUCUCCGAGGGGGAGAGCGAGCGAGAGAGGGAACCAGCGGAGCGGGAAGGCAGACGGGAGAUGGGCAUCUACAGCGUCACCUUCACUCUGAUCGCAGGUCCCAGUCGCAGAUUCAAGAGAGUGGUGGAAACCAUUCAGGCUCAGCUCCUGAGUACUCACGAUCAGCCUUCUGUGCAGGCACUGGCUGGCCCCUCAGACGAGAAGAAUGGUCAGCUCUCCCGCCAGCCCAGCACCCCAUCGCGCCAGAACUCCCGGCGUUCCGAGAGCGGAUCCGAGCGGGGAGAGAAGGAGCGCGCGGCGGACGCUGGCGGCGGAAGCGGGGGCUUAAGCGGGGGCACCUUGCAGAGGGGGGGCUCAGGGAAAGACAAGACCAGACUCCUCUCGUCGUCCAACGGGACGCAGUCCCAUCCCUGAAUGGGGAUGUUGUGCGAGGAUCAUCAGCCUGGCAUUUUUCCUCUUCCCUCCCUCGAUUUUUCCCCACAUUCUUUCCUUCCCUAUUUCCUAAUCUCCCGCCUUGCUUCCUACCAUUAUUCCAAAGCCACGGGACGGAGGAUGGGGGAGGCUCUUCCUUGAAGCUGAUCCGGGGGAUAUGAAGGGGAUGUCCUCACAAAAGACUGACAUGUGGGGGUGAUCGAGUUGAGCUGAUCUCUAAUCAGCUUUCAAGGACAGUUUCGCCCCCAGAGGUGGGACAAGCCCGACAACAGGAUUAUCCCACCUGACCAGAGAAAUGCAAGAAAAGCUCACAGCCAGGAACACAGGUUAACCACCCAGUCUAACGAAUCAAGAAAGCACAUGACCUUCCCAUUGACCAAUCACGCAACACGGGACUCAUAACCAACAGCAGACCUCCACCAGGUAGUUGAAAUGACAAGGGAGGACACUGGCUAAAGACAAAGCCCCUUAAGUCGUUCUCUUUUAUCAUUUUCUGACCAACUGAUGACAUGGAUCAUCACCUCAACGCCACCCGACCACACAUGACCAGGAAACCCGCACUCCCCCAUUCUCCUCACUCUCUAACCGGAGACGCAUGCGUGUUCUCAAGCAAAGCAACAAAAAGCGUCCAACUUUUGAGAAGGCAUCACAGGGGGGUAUUGAUUUGGACUUGAUUGUUAAACUGGAUCUCUUUUCUGCUAGCUAAUCUGCAAACGGAAUGCGCUUCCUUAAAGAAUCAAGGCGCCUUGAUUGAGAAGGAAAUGACGGAGCAAAGAUCCGGUGCGGUCCGCGUGGCGUAGCCUGGCGCGAGACCGAAAGACCAGCUUUUCUUUGAGUGUUUAAGAAGCAUAAAUCCCAUACAUUAUUUCUGAAUAACACUGACAAAGCUAUGAUACCGUGUUGCCUUUAAUGGAGGAGAGUAAGUGGAUAGAUAGUUAGAUUUAGCCCCAUUUUGAGGACACUAUUCACACCACACGUAGAAUGUCUCGCAAGUGAAAAGUCCCACCAGAGAAAGGGGGAGCUGAAUAGAUAGAUGGACUAAACAGAGGAGAGAUAGCAGCAGGUAUCCGUUAGGUAGCUAAGGAAGGACAACAACAGAAGAAACUUGCAUCCUAAGCUAACGUAGGGACAGCAGUUGAAAUUCCAAUAAUUAAAAGUUGCUGAAAAGGUUUGAAGAUGCUGAUCAAACGGGACUUCCGUGCUUUUUAGACCCACAUUCGGCAACUAAAAACAUUUCCUAUGUCGCUUCACGUUUGUCAAUGGACGCAGACGGACGCAGGGCGAAGCCAAAGCCCUAAACUCAAGCUUCUGUCUGCCUCUUUGAAAGGCGAGAGGCAGAUGGAGAUGAACUGAAAUGCUGUUCUUGUCAGGAAAGGUAGAUUGCUAGAAGUACAAAACAACUUCGGCUUGUCUGUUGUCAUAAAACACUGCACAAUAACAGCUGGGAGUGGGAGUGGGGGUGGGGCACACCUAAAGAAUGAAAUCUGUCUCGUUUCAUUUUUUACUUUCGAUACCCUCUUUUUUCUACUCUGCUCCUUGUCUUUUUUUCAUGUUUUCGUGUUUGCCACCAGCAAAGUAGAUGGCGGCGCCAACCAUGUGAAUGUCAAACACUCUUGAAAUUAUUGCAGGAGUGAAAACAUUUCUUUUCAUAUAUUUAUUGAAAUUGCAUUUAUUUAGUUAUUUAUUUGUUGCAGUGUCUUUGUUGAAAGUGUAAUAUUUUGUAUUUUUUUCAUGAAUGGAAAAAGCAGAUGGCUGAGGACAGGGAAAUGUCACUUUUAAGUAGUCUGACUUUAAAGCAAACCAGUUUUUCAUGAGGAAAAAAAAACUGUAAAGCAACUCAACUCUUUCUUCUUUAUGAUUCUGAAAAACUUGAUGCUGCAAAAAUACCUCUACAGCUUUACAUCGUGUCUUUACCUGCUACUAUUUUCUUCAUUUAGCUUAUUGUUGGCUGCAAUAGCUGUUCACAUUCCUACAACACUAGACAAAUAUUCCACAUUAACACACACAAUCACGCUCAUUUAGAGAUAAGCUCUAUGUGGAGGUUUAUUUAGCAUUUAGAUGAAAUGCUCCAACCGCCGGAUAUUCAUCAGUGUUGAGGUUAUUACUCCUUGAGGCGCUGGUCCAUUUGAUUUAGUUUAGGCCCACAUAAGGAGCGCUAAACUACUGGCGACUCUCCAUGGUGAAGUUUCGCUGUGACGGCAAAAUCAAGCGGUAAUUAACCGCAACGUGAUGCCUAAUCUUCACUCUCUUGUCUUGCCGUUGGAAAGCGCAUUGCUUUCGCUAAACAAGUGUCCACUUUGUUUCGGCCUAUUUGUCCAGGAACAAGUGUAGCAAUUAAGCACGGUGGAAUUAACAAUCUAGUGACAAUAGCUAACUAGCAAACAGCGGGCUUGCUAGCUAGCUUUCUAAUUCCAUCGUGUUUUAAUGCUUUUCGGGUUACAUUAGUUACAGAAAUGAAGCAGAACAGUUAGCUGUUAGCUUGUGGCCGCGCUUGCCACAACGGUCCGCCAUUCUGGACAAGAAAAAGCUACCUAGCUUACCGGCUAGCCACCCGCUUUCCCAGAGCUACUUCCCCUCUCUUCUGCUGUAAACCACAUUUUACCGUCACACAAAGACCACUCUUUUGUACUACUAAAAUGACAACGUAAAACAAUUUAACGUCUGAUAUUUUCCUAUUCUAUUUCUUUGGAAAUAUUACCUGCAAAACUGACAUUCCCACCAUUCUCAGCUGUUCUUUGUGGUCUCUGGUAACUCGCACAAUAGCAUGUGAGUAAAACUAAGGGGAUGAGGCUUUUUUUCUAUCUAUGGCCUGACAGCAAAUGCAUUUCAUUGUCAUAUUCAUUACCUGUGAAAUACUGUGUUAACGCUGACUAACACCUCACUGAAACCACAAAACAUCCCUUAUUGACCUUCAAUAGUCUCCACACACUUUGCACACUAACUGCCAGCAAACUGUGUGAAAAACAGGAAAAUGUGGUUUACGACUCUUUAAAAACCAAGAAUUCCUUUCAACACACUGGACUUGACCUUGGCUGAAGUAUGGCGGAGAACUAGGGCACCAUGUGAAACAUUUUCUUGAGUUCUGAGUUUACGGUUAGGAAACCUAAAAAACAUGUUUUUUAACAUGUGGCCCUCAUCCACUCGGGUUAGGUCGGGUUAGGUCUCGGCAUGGUUUUGUAUUACGUUUAGAAAGCUACGGGCAAACUAUUGUCUUGGCGGACAUAAUAAAGAAAGAUUUGAAGUUGCGCUGGUUUAAUUUUAGAUUUGAAUGUGAUCCCGCCCUUUAUUUUACCAGCCUGGUGCUCAGAUUGGCCCCUCCUAGCAGUGGGGCUACACACAUCGGAAAGGUCAAAGGGGCAGGGAGGCUUAUACUUACACCCAUAGAUGAAAAAUAGUGUUAUGUCAAGAGAGCCUAGUUAAAGGAUAUGAAUGGGAGGAGGAAGAAAGAAAGGCAGCAGCAUGCGGCAGGUUUUGCUCUACUUCAAGCAAACUUUGCAUACAAAA